AAAGCAUCUUUUCUGUCGAUCGACCAGCACCGUCUCCCGGAUUCAAGGAUAAUUUAAGGAAUAUUUGCAUUUUCUCAUAACAAACCGCACCAAAUUACGCUUUACAAGGACAUGCUGAUGCAGUAUACGAUUAGUGGGUUGCUCGUGAUCGUUGCGCAAUGCAUCAGGGAGAUCAACGGAGAAUAUCAAACCAGCCUUACGUUCAACGAUAUUCUGCCGGAGGAUCCGAAGCUGUACGAUAAGAUGCGCCCACCGAAAAAGGAUGGCCAACCGACGAGCGUUGCCUUCCACGUGACCGUCAUGGGAUUGGAUUCGAUCGACGAAAACUCGAUGACGUACGCGGCCGACAUUUUCUUCGCCCAAACGUGGAAGGACCAUCGGUUGCGGUUACCGGAGAACAUGACGUCCGAGUACCGGCUGCUGGAGGUGGACUGGCUGAAAAACAUGUGGCGCCCGGAUUCGUUCUUCAAAAACGCCAAAUCGGUCACCUUCCAAACGAUGACCAUCCCGAACCACUACAUGUGGCUGUACAAGGACAAGACGAUCCUUUAUAUGGUGAAGCUGACCCUCAAGCUGUCCUGCGCGAUGAACUUUCUGAUCUACCCACACGACACGCAGGAAUGUAAGCUGCAGAUGGAAAGUCUGUCACAUACAACCGACGACAUGGUGUUCCAGUGGGAUGAAGAGGUGCCGCUGGUGGUUGACGAACACAUUGAACUGCCUCAGCUGGCUUUGGUCAAAAACUUCACGGCCGACUGCACACAGGUCUACUCAACCGGCAACUUUACCUGUCUGGAGGUGGUCUUUGUCCUGAAACGGCGCCUCGGAUACUAUCUCUUUCACACCUACAUUCCGACCUGUCUGAUUGUCAUCAUGUCUUGGGUGUCGUUCUGGAUUAAACCGGAAGCUGCUCCGGCCCGGGUGACGCUCGGUGUAACGUCCCUUCUGACGCUCAGCACGCAGCACGCCAAAUCGCAGGCCUCACUGCCACCGGUGUCCUACCUGAAGGCUGUCGACGCGUUCAUGUCCGUGUGCACGGUGUUCGUGUUCAUGGCCCUGAUGGAGUACUGUCUGGUAAACAUUGUGCUGGGCGACUCGGAUCCACCGACUCCAAAGCCGCAACCACCGCCCAAGCUGGACAAGUUCUUUGACUUCACGCCCAAGAACGGCAAGCGGAACAGCAAAUCGCACGACCAUCCGCACGACGUACCGAUCACGACGUUCCAGCGCCAGGAAAGCACCCUGUUGCUGUCGCCGGUGCCACACAUCCAGACCAUUCCGCCGCCGCCGAGCAAACCGGCCUCGGCCAUUCCGAAGCUAACCCCGGCCCAGAUGAGGCUCAAACGGGCCAUCAACAUUGAUCGCUUUUCGCGGGUUUUCUUUCCGUUUCUAUUUACACUGCUCAACGUUACGUAUUGGAUAAUGUUCUACGAGUACAUUUAAGUCGUUUUCAGUUCCUCCCCGACCUUUUGUCGAAUUUUAACAUCCAGCACUGGUACCGCCCGAGAGGGUUCCGAGGAUAGUAGCGGUUAGAGUAGUGUCGCAGAACGAUCUGCAAUCUUGUAAAAAUACUAUUACGAAACACCAUGCGCCUCCACUGGACAAUGUACGAAGCGAAGCUUCCGGAGCGGUUACGAGAAGUAUGGAAAGAAGUGUUAGGGGUAAUGCGAAGCGAAUUCCGGUUUUCUUAGAGAACCGGGCCUAACGAGCCGUGGACGAAGUAAGUUGCUCACAGCCAGAGCUUAUUCUUAAACAAGGGUUAAUCAAAUAAAUGCAUUAUUAAGGUUAAGAUAGCAUCAAGCGAUGGAAAAUAGCAACACCGCCAGCUGUAGGCCCUGGGGUGUGUGUGUGUGUGUGUGUGUAAACGGAGCGAGAAAACAAA